AUGCCUCCAGCAUCAGCAACACAAGAAAUAUCCCCUAAUCCAGACAGAGGUUGGGGCUUAAAUUUGCUGCUGGGAACUGAAUAUGAAAGGAAGAAGAAUAAACUUCAGCAGGAGCUUCAACAGGACUACAAACAUUAUGUUGCCACGAAAAAGGGUCUGAAAACAAGUGAACCUCAUCCACAACCCAAGGGUCUCUCCUUACCUAUUGAUGAGAAGAUAUCAGUUCAGGAAAAACUAAGAGAGGAGAGAAAUAAAGAAUACAACCUCUUCCUACAGGAACAAGCUCAAAUCAGAAGGUUAAAGAGGGGAACACUUCCUGUCACUGCAAAGCCUGAACAGGUUCAAGCUUCAGAUGCUUCUCCUCUGCCUAUCCUCAACACUCAUACAAACAUACACCCUUCUCUCAUGGAGCGCCCAGCAUCCCGGAGAGAUGCUGCCACCCUGACUGAGACACUGGAUAAAGGAAAAAGGAUGGGGACUUGGGGUACAGGCCAUCGGGGACGAAGGCGUUGGCAACUCCGUAGACUGAAGGAGCCCUAUAGCUCUGAGGAGGAGUUGGAGUUUAGACACACAAGGAGUCAAGGCAGACGCACUCCAGACCCUGAAUACAAAGAGAAGGAGAGAACCAGAGAAUGCAGAGCUAACAGAGCUCCCCAGGACAUAAAGGAGGUGGCCCCUGGUGUUCAUUAUCAGAACAGCAAUGAAUGUGUUUGGAAGACGGAUCUGCAAAUGCCAGACAGCAUGAGGACGGCUGCAAGAUCUAAACCUGUUACCAGCAAAGAUGAAGCAGAGUUCACUACCGGACUCAAGAUAGGAGCAGCAGAAGAGCAGACGGCAUCCCAGAUGAGGAAAGAACAGUAUAAGCAAGAGCUGCUGAAACAAAUUUCUGAACAGCAGAGAAACAGAAUCAGGGAGAAGAAGCUUGAGCUGAGGGUUGCUGCCACUGGAGCCACUGACCCUGAGAAAGAGUUUGGGGCUGUAAAUCGACAAUAUGACAGCUGGAGACGAGAUGUCCUCUACAAACCAGGAAUGGAUCUGAAGGCCUUAGGGAAGGACCUGCAAGGCCAUGCAAGGCCUAAAGAUGACAAACCCACAGCAGACACAGAGCAGAGAGGCCCCCCAGGAAAGUCCCACACGGACCACAGUGCAGCUCUCAGUCAGCUGACAGGGAAUUCAGUGCCUGGCUCUGGAACGAGAGCAGCACAAGGUGCCCCCUUGCUGGACUAUUUUAAUGAGGACUACCACAGGGACUUCUCAAACAUGCUAGGGGAGCUGGCCUUCCCGAGGGUUACUGGUGUUCCUCCUCCUCCUCCUCCUCUUCCUCUCACUGUAACCGAUAAUUACAAGACUCCAUAUGAUGCAGCUUAUUACUACCAUGGAACCAGGAAUCCAUUAGAUCCUAAUCUUCCAUACAAUCAGAAUGGUCUGCCUGAAGGGGUGCAGCAGUCUGGGAAUUUCCACAGUCCCCAUCAAAGACCACCUCCUGUCAGACCAAGUGGCUGCACUGAAGCAACUGAUCAGCACGGAUCGUCUCCCCUGGGUGUCGGAGAGCUUGCUGCAGACAAGGCCAAGCAGAGGAGAGAGAGUGCACAGAGCUACCAGGAAGCACUCAGAGAGCAGAUCCAAGAAAGAGAGGAGUGUAAAAGACGAGAGAAAAAAGAGAAGGAGCGAUAUGAUGCAAAGAUGGAGGCCGAGAUGAUGGCGUACAACCCCUGGGGGAAAAGUGGGGGAGGUGCUCCAAUUAAAGGCCCAGAAGGCAACCUUGUUAGUGAUCUGAGUCAAAUGCACAGGAUCAACAAGGAGUCAUAUAGGAAUCCUGUGUCCAGGAAUAAUGGACAGACACAAAACUUUUUGAUGAGGAAUGGACACACACCUGGAGCUGAGGCCAGGGCUCCUCUUCUCCAUCGACUAUCAGGUCAAAGUGAUCAACCAACACAACAGCUCCAAAUGCAAGACAAAUACAAAGAAGACCUUAAACAACAGAUAGAGGAAAACAAACGAAAGCAGCAAGAGCAGAGAGAACGAUUGAGGAUUGAGGAGGAAAAAGAAGAGAAGAGGCUGGCGGAACAAAGGGCUUGCAUGCAGCGGGCCUAUGAGGAGGAACAAAGGAAGCAAAAUAAGGUUCAGCAUAGGCUGGAAAGUCAGAUCCAAAAACCUAAUACUCAACACCAGGAGGAGGAAAAGAGGGUGAGGCAGGAAGAAGAGGCAGAGAGGAAGGUACCUGACCCCGCCAGAGCCAGUGAGGAGAAAAGGAAGCGUUAUGAGAGAGAGCCAUCUCCUCCUGUCCCGACGUUGCAGAGAAAGCUGGCAAAUCUCGCUACGUCCAGACCUUCCUCUGUUGUGAGCAAACUCUCCUCCGGAACAGAGCGCACUGUUUCAGCAUCACACUACCGACCAGUCCCUGUGAAAAUGCCCCAGCCACAAGAAGGCCAGCAGGAAGUGAUCAGAGAGCUGUCAGCCCUCCGUAGAUACCUGAGGAAAGAGCAGAGACAACUGGAGGCUCAGCUGGGCCAGACUGAUCGACAAGAGAGUUACUACACUCCCCCCAACAGGCCCAGAGGACGACCCAGAGUGGAUGCCUUUGAAUCUGUGCGCCAGCCAGCUGUUCAGCCAUCAACCAGGAGUCCCUCCUCUGGUGCUGCGCGUGUUAAUAAGCAAAAUAUCAGGGCGUUCAACCAACUUAAAUGCAGAGACACAGCAUCUCGUGAGGAGGUCCGUCACAUGUACCCCGACCCGCCCAGCGAUGCUCAAAGUCUGGACAUCCAACAGCAGGCACUUCUUCGCGAACAGCAGCGCAGAAUCAGGCUUAUGAAUAGAGAGGACGAGCACGACUUUUUGGACCAGCAACUGAGCCACUAUCAUUACAGGCACAAACCUGGACGCUACAUCCACAGAGACUCCAUGUUGCCAUCCGGGGCUGUUUUAAUUGAUGUCUACGGCGGUGGUGCACGUGAAGAGCAUGUUCAUGAGCAGGGACCCCCGCAGCACUCAGCAGAGCACCAGGAGAGAACAGCCCCACGAAGAAGACAUGACUAUGAUGUGGCUGCAUCUACAGAUAAGAGGAAUCGGAACGUCCAGCCAGACGCUCAGUCUUUGCAGUCGGUGACUAGUUUGAACCUUAAAUCUAAAGUCAAGGCUCACAACCAGGACCGUGUCAGACAAAGCACUGGUGAUCGCAGCAGCACAUCAGACGGGCUGCCUGGUGAUGAAGUGGAUGUCUUGUCUCUGAGUUCUGCCCUGGAGAGGCGCGUCUCUGUGGAGACUGCAGCCACAGAGCCCUGGCUGCGGCCUGGCACAUCAGACGCUGUAAAACGCUCAGGCUGUAGGGAGACGCCGAACAGUAGGAUGGAUGCUCCACCCUGGCUGACACACCGCGUCACAUAG